GACUUCCGCUUCCGUUCCAAACAUUACAAGUUGGCACAGUGUCUCCAGGAAAUGUGUAAACAUAAAACAUUCUUUAGAGUGGCACUGUAGUGAAACUUUUGAAUUUAUUUUAUAUUGUUUAAGCAUUUUCAGUGGACAUACGGAGUCUUGAUGUUGGUCUAAGGGAGAUGCGAAGUUGGAAAAUGACUCUCGUCGAGUUCCACGCAUGAGGGAUUCCAGCGCUGACGAUGAUCAAUAUUGCUCGGCAUUUCUAGAUAUUUUCUAGAAGUCUGUUUAUGAAAUAUCGACAGUGGUUUAAAUUCCAAAACAUGAUAGAAUUUUGUACGAAGAAACGAAUGGUUUUUGCAGUCAUUGCACUUAUAUGUCUGUCGGUUGUAACACUUAUCCUCGAAAGCAGAUGGUCCUUCCAGAAAAAACUGAAAGAUGCGCACAUUCAAGCAAUGGCUUAUUCAAAUGAGACAUGUAAGUCUGGGAAAUACACAACACUGGAUGUCUGCAAAAGUUGUACAAGAGAUGAACUUAGACGAGAUGUACAUUACUGUCAUGAAAAGGGAUACAAGUUGCUCAUAAAGUGUUCGGACAUGAGAAUAAUGUACAAAGGAUGUGACAUAACUCCAGAUGAUGAACAAAGACAGUUUUGGAUAUUUGAGGGAGUGUGUUUGGUUAUUGGAAUUGCAUCCUACCUGGUCGUGCAUCACAGACGAAGCAUGCUGGACCAGAUAAUGAUGGACAAGAUAAAUAAACAGAUUGCAGCAGGGAUUUAGGAACUGUGAUUGGAGGGGAGGAUUUGUAAAUAUUUAUUGUUUUUGUAAUAAAAGAAAGUUGUACAUGUU